UACGUCGAGAGCAAGCUCAAGAUCGACGACCCCGUGCUCCGCAAAGACUUGCAAUUGCAGAUCCUGGGCAAGGCGUCCGGUAUUUUCCUAUGGAUUAUCCUCGUUGUGGAUAUCCUAAACGAAGAGGACGACGACGGCGGCCUCGCUUUCAGGACAAAGCUUUCGAAAAUCCCCGACAAGUUGAGCGACUUGUUCAAGAGCAUCCUGAUGCGUGAUCAGAAAUCACCCGAACGCCUGCUGCUUUGCGUUCUCUGGAUCCUUUGUGCAAAACGACCAUUGACUCCAGUCGAGUUCCGCCACGCGCUGUGGGUGGCCUUGUUGGACCAACAGUCGGUGCAGAACGACCGCCAGGUAGACUCCGACGUCCCAGACGUCAGCAACAUGAAUGCCUGUGUCAAAUUGGUUACGAGCUCCUCGAAAGGUCUUGCCGAAAUUACCAAAUCCAAGCAGCCAAUUGUACAGUUUGUUUACGAAUUAGUACGGGACUUCUUGGUAAAGGAAUAGGGCUUCCAGGACUUGUGGCCUGAACUUGGAUUCGAAUGGGAGGGCCCCAGCCAUGAGAGGCUCAAACGCUGCUGCACUACGUAUCUGUCCCUUUCAGGAGUACAGGCGAUCGUUAACGACCCCGAGGGCAGAGACGUAUGCGACGCUCUGGC